AUGAUUAGAAGAGGUCCCAACGUUUGCGGAACCUUCUAUGGACUGACUCUCUGCUGCAAAGGAUGGACUAAAAGUCUGGACGGUCUCUGCACUACAGCUAUUUGUGAUGGAAAUUGCGGCGAUCGGGGCAGUUGCAUUGCGCCCAACCAGUGCAGAUGCGAGGAUGGCCGAGUGAGAGACGACUGUUUGGUGGAGGACGACAAUGGCUAUCUGGCCGAUGAACCGAUUCGAUGUCCAUCAAACUGCAACAACCAAGGCAGUUGCGUCAACGGGAAAUGCGUCUGUGAUUUCGGCUUCAAAGGAAGUGCAUGCGAUGAGGAGGAGGUGGGACCGUGUUUCAUUCAGACGGAGCGAGGUGUUUGCAAGAACAAGGUGACAGGUCCUGGAAAUGAGACCGUAAUGCUGACAAGGAAUGCCUGCUGCGGAAGCAUUGGAGUUGCAUGGGGCGCUCUAUGCCAAGGUUGCAGCAGUCAGAGCUCCUACUGUGGCAAGGGCUACAUACGCCUGGACCACAAGUGUGUCGAUAUAAAUGAAUGCGAAAUCCCAAACGUGUGUAUGGGCGGCAUCUGUCGCAACACAGACGGUUCAUUUGAUCGGAUACCCAUCAACCUUACAGACGGGUGCCAGAAGAACCCGGAGGCGUGUACUCCCGGCGGGCGCUGCAUACCUCUGCAUGGCACGGCUUACAUCUGCCAGUGCGAUCCCGGCUACGUUGCCACCGACGGAAAUACGCGAUGUCGUAAGGAAGAGGUGGCAUUGAAUUACUGCGAAAUAUUUGAGGGGCGACUCUGCAAAAACGGAGAAUGCCAUCCAACAGCCUCCUCCUACGAAUGUACUUGCAAUCCCGGUUAUGUGCCGAGUCGAUUCAAAAAGCAAUGCAUCAAGGAAUUCAACGCCUGUACACUUUAUGGAAACAGCGUUUGCACCAACGGUCAAUGCAUUCCGGUCGACCGAAGUUUCCGCUGCAUUUGCAAUCCCGGCUACGUCCUCUCCGGUGACGGAACUGCAUGCCUCGCAUCGAAACGCGAGCCCUUGAACACCGGAAACAACUACCGCGCCUCUUAUCAGGCAGAUUGGCCGCAGGAGAACAGGGCUUAUCAGAGUGCAAAACCACAGACAGGUGAAACAAGGUGGCAACCAUCUUCAAGGGUAAACUAUCCAAAUCCCUGUGAGGACAUCGCAGUUAAGAGAAAGUGCAUGGGCGGCUUCUGCAUUAACCUUGGUCGUGGGAACUACGAGUGCAGAUGUUACAGAGGGUACCGACCAGUAAACGGGAGCCAGCAAUGCGUAGCGGAUUACAGAAGACCCAGUCGUGAGUUCCAUCGAACUGGUUGCUGA